AUGAUUACCCACGCGUACGUACGAUACGUGGAUGAUAAUACCCACGCAAUUGUGCCCAUCUCGAGCAUCAAAGAUUUUCAUCCGAGUGGCCCUAGCGACUUCAGCGACGGAACGAAGUACUACGUAAGAUGGCAUGGUGAUGGUGGCGACAGUGAAUUCUACAGAGCCCGGACAUUUCUGUUGGGAGUCUCUGAAGAGGAUGUCACGGUAAAUCUAAAGAACGGGAGACUACGUGUCCGUAAAGUCAUCGAGAGCUCCGACUACUCUGAAGAGGAUUCACUGACCACCGAGAAGGAGAAUGUCAAGGCGCAGAAGAAACACAUGAAAGAGAGACAAGCCACAUCAACGAAGGCGGACUUGAUGCGGAUACUUGAGCUCAAGAAAAAACAAGUGACUGCAAAAAAGCCAGAUGCCAAGGGGGACCUCGAAGAGCUGCAAGUCAAGUAUGACAGGGCGCAAAGGCAUAUCACACGGUUGGAGAGGGAGCUCAGCCAAGUUAGGCAGCUCAACAUCAACCUGCAAGAGAUUGUGGACAUCGGAAAGGGUGUUCUUGUGGACCAGGCAUCGUUGAUUCUUGCACAAGAGAAAAGAGAUGCCUCGUUUGUGAAGGACCUGGCUAUGGCUGUCUACGAAUCUCGGCUGCUAAUGGAGAGUUCGGUCCUUGGACGACACUGCCCAAAGAAACCUGGCCAAGAGAGGAAGCCGCCCCUCUGCCCUACCAAACUCUCUGUCCUGAAAAAUGUCUACGUGGCUCACCCCGUGAGCAAUGGCAUGCCGGAGAGGUUCGCCAAGGCCGGAGCCAAGGAUGUGACCAGGUUCAUUAAGGAGAAAAUCACUGAGCUGAGCAGGCUUGACUCUAGGAGGAAAGCUGCACAGGAAAAGUUUGACCUGGAGGGAGCUGUGGAACCAGAGGGCAACGCCUGA